UAAAAUUAAUUAAUACAAAUCAUAAUAAAAUACUUUCUUGGACAGAGAAUAGUUUACAUUAAAUGACUUAAAAAGUAUGGAGAGUACAUUAUAUUAAAGCUGAGUUUGUUGACAGCUACCAUGGCGGCUUCCUCACCUGACAGCGAUCUUGGCAGCAUAGAUUGUUUCCAAAAUUAUACAGCUCCAGAAGUGUUUGUGCAAGGACUAGCAGGACAGAUCAAUCAACAGGAUGUAGAAGCUAUAGUACGAGCGCAGAAACAAAUGCUGCAGAGAUUUGAAAAGACUAAUGAGAUGCUGAGCAACUGUAACUCUCUGUCAGCACGAUUUGCUCUUGCACAGAAGGAAUUCAAGAAGCACACAACUCUCUUGAUUGAAAUGAAGAAGGAUCUUGAUAAUGUCUUCAAACGUAUCAGGACAAUUAAAACCAAACUAUCAAAUCAGUAUCCUGCUGCCUUCACAGCAGCCCAGGAAGAGGUUUUCAUGGAAGAAGAAGAAGAUGAGGCUGAAUCUACCAAUAAGAAUCAAGUUCUAGGCACAUUAGAUAGCAAUAACAAAGCACCUCAGUCUCGGGUGAGAGUGUCAGAGUGGAAGCUCCAGUAA